AUGAAUAUAAAAACUUUAGAUGAUUUAAAAUAUAAAAUUCAUAAAAUUAAAGUUUUGAAUGAAAAUGAUAAGAAAGCAAAAUCCAUUUUAAGAAAAGCUGCUGAACAAGUAAUGCCAAUUAUGAGAAAAAGGCGUUUUUCAGUUGAAUUACUUUCAGAAUUUCUGCCUGCAAAUCCAAGUUUAUUAGGUCUAAACAUUGCAAAGAAUUCAGAAAUUAAGAUAAGACUUCGAAAUAAAAAGGGAAGUGAACUAUUUCAUUUUAACGAUAUAAUGGGAACCUUACUACAUGAAUUAGCACAUAUAGUACACAGUAGACAUGAUAAAUCAUUUUAUGAAUUACUAGAUAAACUAAUUUUAGAAUAUAACGAAUUGUACGCAUAUAAAAACUUAGGAUAUACAGGAAAAAAAGUUGGUAAUAGUAAAAAUAAAUCUAUAUUUUUUAAUAGCAACCCGAAGGUAAUGGCUGCACAAGCUGCAGAAAAAAGAUUAAUGAAUAAUUUUAUAAAUAAAGAUGGUAAAAUAAUCAAUUUAUCCCUUGAAAGCUGCUUAACAGAGGAGCAGCGUGAAAAUUUAUUUAAAAGUAGAACAGAAUAUGAUGAUAAAAUUUGCUCCGUAAAUAAUGAUGUAAUUAUAAUAGAUCCAGUGAAUAAUUUUUAUAAAAAUAAGGAAAAUGAAAAUUUUGUAAAUUAUAUGCCUACAAAAAAAGACAAACAACUUCCAACAAAUUCCAUAAAUACAAAAUAUACUGUAAAUUGUGCAAACUCAAAUAAUAAAAAUAAAAAUUAUUUAAAUUCAAAAAUGAAUAUAAAUUAUAUAAAUAAAAAAAGUUAUGAAGAUAAUUUUGAUGAUAAUCCAAAAAGAAAAGCACCUGUGCUCAAUAGUUACAAUGAUGAUAGUGUACAUUUUUUAGGAGCAAAAAAGGUUGACAGUGAUCAGAAAGAAGUAAAAAAUGGAAACAAUUCUUUUUUUUGUGAUAACUUUUAUAUAAACAAAAAUAAAAAGAGAAAAAUAAUUAUUUUGGAUUAA